UUUAAUACCUCGCAUUGACGCUCUCACUAUCGACACCCUCGUAUGCGUCGUUAUAGAAAGUCUUUUGCAUAACUAGUGCAACAAUUCCUUAGUGUUAACACUAAGCCCCUAUCUGAGUCCCUGAUUGGCCCCCCAACCCUCUCCUGAUUCAGAAGCUAGACACUUGGGAUGGUGCGGAGAAACAAUCUCCAAGAUCUCACAGCUCCACAUCCUAACACCACUAAAAGGUGGCCUGUUUGCCCACACUCUUUUCCCUCACCAAACACUACUUAACUCUGCUCACUUAUAUCACUCUUCUCAACUCGUCUCAUGGAUCCAUCCAAGCUCGCCAUUGCCUUCGAGCCCAUGGGCGACGACGCGGAGCUGCAGUCCUCCCCUACGUCCCGGUUGGUAGUGACAGAGAAUCUAUCUGAGGUCUACUACAAGGGCUUGCCCUCCAGACCACUCCUCAUCGCUACAACUAAUCCCAGCCCCUACGACUAUCCAACUGGCCCCGAGGCCUACGCUGUCCUCAAAGAGCUUAGGGAGCUGGGUGAUCACCCCCUCGCCAGUGUUUGGGACCAUGGUUUGGCCGACCGCCUUCGCAGUGGCCUGAACACGAUGUGUGUGAACUGGACUAGUAUCGACGCAGUCCGAAUGGUCAAAGAAGGACAGUCCUCCGGCCCAGCCAUCGUCUGGAUUGGCGUCGAGUUCGGGGCGCUCACCUUCAAGGAGGGCAGCGAUGUCGCCUUCAGUUGCCUCUCGUUCAUCAACAGUUACGGUUUCCGUGACUACCAUGUUGAAAUCAGGGAGUCUCGCGUUAUGAGACAAGAGGGCAAUAGGUUCUUUGAUACUGUCUGGUGGUCCGACCCUACUUUCGCUGUUCGCGACCCAUACACCGCAACACUCGGCAUCCCGAUCUCGACCAAGAAUAAGCCUUUGGCCGAGGGAACUGGCGGCUUCUACCUCAGUGCCGGUGGCGACGACAAGGACAUCUAUCUCGUCACUGCCCGGCACGUUGUCCUCCCUGUCGACAAGAACGAGAACAGGGAAUACCAGCACAGGAACAACAGCAGGGCACGUGAAGACGUGAUCGUCCUUGGCGCCACCGGUUUCAACAAGAAGCUCGCCGCCAUCGAUGAGAAGAUUCAGGACGAAGAGUUCACGAUCAUCUAUUCCAGGAAAAGGAUUGAGUUGGUUAAGGACAAGGAUGACCGUGCAUCCGUCAUAGAGCAUGAGAAGGUAGAGAACGAUUUGCAGAGGGCGGAGACGAAGAUGAAAGCAUUCCGGGACUUUCGCCGGGAGAUUGCCACUCACUGGAGGCCGGAGGAGAAGCGUGUCUUCGGGGAGCUUGCCUGGGCCCCUCCCAUCACCUACUCCACUGAACCGGGGGAGUAUACCCUGGACCUUGCCGUCAUUAAGAUCGACACCGGCAAGCUUGACGCCAAAAACUACUGUGGCAACACCAUCAACAUUGGUGACAAGUAUAAGCACUGGGAAUUCAUGGAGAAGAUCUAUCAGCACCCCACCAGCUCCAAGUCCUUCGAAUUCCCUGUUGAUCGUCUUGUGACGCUUCAAGGACAGGUCCCUGAGACUGUCCUCGUGAAUCUGCCUGUGCUCGAUACCAACAGCGAGUCGUGCUUGGUUGUCUUCAAAAAUGGUGCCAAUACUGGGACCACCAUUGGCAAGACAAACAAUGUUUCAUCAUACACACGCAUCUAUGUUGCAGGCGAGUACCUGGAGUCGAGGGAGUGGCCAAUCAUUCCCACCGACAAGAACUCAGCCCCAUUCUCCAGGAAAGGGGACUCUGGAUCUUGUGUCGCUGACUCCUUUGGCCGCAUCGGCGGCAUCCUCACCAGUAGUUGUGGUGCCACUGAUUACUCCGACUUGACUUAUGUCACCCCCAUAUCCUUCAUCAUGAAGGUACUCCAUGCUACAGAGUUCUUCAAGUAUGCUCACCUCAACCCGGUCCUCACCUAGGAGGGCACCUGAAAUUCAUUUAUGAUGGCAAUUUGUGUGCAUGUGUGUCACUUGUUUGAUUUCUGGUCCCUGUGUGACUAUUUCCCAUGGCUUCUUUUCCUGCUUUCCGACGGCGACGACGCAAGUUUUUGUGACUCAGGUGUACAGCGGAACAGGGAAUGCAGACCACUUGCCUGUGUUUCUUAUACCGCAAUAUUUCCUUAUGUUUCUAUCAAUGACAGCUCUUUCUGCUUUCACCCUUGAGUUAUUAUUUUGAUAUUGCUCUCUGUCAUUUUUUUGUAGAGAAAAUACAGGUC